AUGCCGACCACUCCAGACCAGUUCAACUGGCACUCGCUCUCGCUCCGGAUCCCCCUCCCCUCUCCCGACGCCGCAAUCCUCGUAAAGCGUGUCAUCGACGUUGACAAGCCUCUCCGUCCUCGAGAACUCUCCCGCACACUCACCCUCGACGGUCCCGUCCUCGUCGCCUCUUUCCGCGCUGCGACCGUCGCCCAAGCCCGCGUCGCCCUCGAUCACUUCCUGUCCGACGUCGAGCUCGUCGUCCAGACCAUGGACCGCUUUGCGCCCUCGCCCUCGCACGCCCACGCUGCGCCGCCGACCGCCGACGCGCCGAGCCUCGAGGUCGGGCUCGAGGGCAGCUGGGAGGGCGUCAGGCAGUGA